GCGAUAAUGCGUCGAUACCUUAAGCUACUCCGGAAAAGGCACAAGGCAUAAUACGGGUUCUUUUGUCACAUUUUUAACUACAACCACCAGGGCUCUCGUACUUAUCGAAGCUGCAGAAUGCAGGUCAUACCAAAUCAAAAGAAUUCACGACAUUGUGCUCCGAUCGAAAAUAAAGUCACGGUGCACGAGAGAGACACACAACUUCAUCUAUCACUACCAGCUACGACUAACAAAUCAAGGAUGGCCAAGUGAAUACUUUUUUUCACUGGCUCCGUGAUUUUGCAAUAUGAAUAUCGACCCGCUAUGAUCGCAUCCACGAAGUGACCAAAUAUUCCUGCUAUACCCCUGGCAGUUUUCCUCUAGAGCGAUAAAUCACGACAUGAUAGCAUCUCAAAUGAACUCAAGGCUGAUGACCACUAUGUAUUUACCCCUGUCAGUGUACGGAUAUACCCGCGAAUCUCAACUUUCACAGAGCCGAAAUGGCAUGGACCAUUGGACAGCCAUUUUCGACGCGAAUGAGAAUCAGCAACUCUUACGUACGGAGGUUUUACACGGAUCCGAACCACGUUUCUCCAAAAAGACAAACAGAACACGUUAUAAAAGAACAAGCCUAGGAAAGGAUGUCACUUUCUAGGGGUAGUCACUUAAGCCUAUCCGAACAAGGCUAGUGUCUGCGCGAAUUUGAGUGCAUUGCACUCUUGCGCUAGAAACUUGGAGGAUCAGACCUGUGACGAGUUGCAUGGACUUAGGAAGUAACAAUCCACACUGCCCCCAUUUAACGACCUGUUGAGUCCGGUCCUGCAAUCCUGGGUUCUAUGGUUAUAUUAGGGUCUAAUCUGGACCACUUUCCAUCCGUGCGCUUUUUUAACGGCGAGUCAAGGGUUCAUUAGUUAUCACUUGCUCAUUAUUAACUUUCUUUCUGUCAACACAACCUCCAGCCUACCCCGUCUCACGGCUGCCGCGUCCAGCCCAACAUAAUGGUGUUUCGCAAUUCAGACAAGGCGAAGGACGAUGUCAACAUACACACGGCGACCGCGGAGGCAAGAGCUUAUGCCGAUACUCAGAGUUUAGAAGAGAGGGACGAAAGAGAAGUGCUCGAGCAUCCUGACCAGAUUACCCAUGAUGCUCAAGCUGGAGUUCAGAAAGCCGAAGCCACGGCCUUAGUGUGGUCUAAGAAGGGUCUUUAUAGCACAUAUGCCUGGAUCUGGCUGUGCUACUUCGUUCUGUCUAUGCAAUCUUCCAUCAGCAGUAACAUGAUCUACUACGCAUACGCAAACUUUGCCUCCGCUCCUCAGAUCUCCCAAGCGUACAUUGUGUCGACAAUCGUGGGUGGAGUUCUUCAACUUCCCAUUGCAAAGACUCUCAAUAUCUGGGGCCGGACAGAGGGCUUUCUGACAUUCUUGGCGGUGUUCAUCCUUGGUCUGAUCGUGAUCGCCUCCUGCAACGGUCCCAAUGGCUUUGCCGCUGGCUACACUCUGUACUGGAUCGGCUAUUCGGCUCUGAAUUUCAUUCUCUCCGUUUUUGUCGCUGAUGCGUCCGGGUUGAGGAAUCGUGCUUUUGUCUAUGCCUUCAUUGGUACGCCAACUAUCUGCACCGCCUUUGUUGGGCCUCUCGCUGCCCAGGCAUUCGUCGCUCACUCGACAUGGCGCUGGGCAUAUGGUUGUUUCGCCAUUAUCACCUUUAUUGUUUUCAUUCCUCUGGCUGUGGUGUUCAAAUUCUAUCAACGCAAGGCCGAGAAGCUGGGACUCUUCCAGCGCGUGAAAACCGACCGGUCCAAGAUUCAGUCGAUCAUUCACUAUGUUCACGAGUUCGACAUUGUCGGGGCUCUUAUUCUUAUGGCAGCGUUCAUCCUGUUCCUCCUGCCCUUCAGUCUUAAGACUUAUGGACUUACCGGGUAUUCUUCAGCAACCUUUAUCGCCAUGGUCGUUAUCGGGCUACUGCUCUUCCCAGUGUUUGCUGUCUGGGAGUGCUACAUUGCCAAAUUUCCAUUCAUCAAAUGGGAGUUAUUCAAAAAGCGCACAAUUCUGGGAGCUUGUAUCCUGUCAGCCAUCAUCUUCUUCAACUACUACACGUGGGAUCAAUAUUUUUACUACUACGUUCAGGUAGUGUACGACCUCGAUACCUCCAAGACAGGAUACAUGACGCAGAUAUACGGCGUUGGAUCGACUAUCUGGGCGGUGCUGUUCGGAAUUUGGAUUCGCAAAUCCAAAUACUUUAAGAAUGUCUGCCUCUACUUCGGUGCACCACUCCUCCUGCUUGGCGCAGCUCUCAUGGUUCAUUUCCGAGGCUCGCAGAGUGACAUUGGUUACCUGGUCAUGUGUCAAAUUUUCAUUGCUGUUGGGGGUGGGACCCUCGUGAUCGGAGACGAGAUGGCUGUCAUGGCAGCUGCUGACCGCGACGGCGUCCCAUUGAUGAUUGCACUUAUCAGCCUGUCUUCAAGUGUUGGCGGUGCCAUCGGAUAUGCCGUUGCAAGUGCGAUAUAUGCCAAUACCUUCCCUCAAGCUUUACUCAGAGCCCUUCCAGAGUCGGCCAAAGCGGAAUACGCUAGUAUUUACGAUGGUGGAUCAGCAGCCCAGCUGAUGUAUCCCCCUGGCAGCGAGACGCGAAAUGCGAUUAAUUACGCCUGGGCUUACAGCCAAAAGUACGAGUGCAUCACGGCCGCAUGUCUCGUGGUUCUUGCUUUCCCGGCAAUUGCGAUCUGGAAGAAUUAUAAUGUCGACAGAAAGCAAGUGAAAGGCACCGUCAUCUAAACAAAGACCUUUAUCAUUGUAACGUGGUUAGAAGUCUGUAUAGUCGGGAUAGGAGAAAGUAGACAUUGCGAAAACUUGAUGAUGGCAUUCAAGAACUUGUAUGCAUAGAUUGUGAGAAAUAGUGUCAAUCAAAACUACAUGUAGUUAUGCUUUUUCCUAGUAGAUGACUACGCCUUCAAAGAAAACUGAGGGUGCCGGGUUUAUUGCAGCACACCAGGCAUCAAGAUC